CCGAAUGGUAUGUCUGUGUAUGUUCGUGUCUGCGGUGUUUUCUGAGUGCUCCGAGAGACCCUUGGUUGCUUUGAGUUAACUCUGCUGGUAGUUUAAUUCACUUUUGUACACAUGGAACCUCCGGACUUCGAAGCCAUGAACUUUACGGUGGAGCAAGUGGCUUCGCUGUACCCGCUAUGUGAGGAAUGGAGAGACGGCUCGGAAGGCUCCGUGUUCCACCUCGCCAGUAUCCUCCUAUUCCUCGGCUUCAUGGGCGGCAGCGGUUUUUAUGGACUCCUCUACCUAUUCACCUUCCUAACUCUGGGCUUCUUUUGCUCAACUCUCUGGGCAUGGUCGGACCCCUGCACUACGGACUCUUUUCUAUGGAGUGUCGCACUCUUCGGCGUGUGUUUGGGACAAGUGCUGCAUGUUGCCUACCGGCUGAGGAGCGUUUCCUUCGAGCAGGAAUUCCAGGAGCUUUACCACUGUAUGUUUAAAAAACUAGGCGUGUCUCUCACACAUUUUGGGAAGAUAGUGGCCUGCUGUGACGGAGACAUCCACACCAUAGAGCAGAACCACUGCUUCGCCAUAGAGGGAAAAACCGCUAUUGACAAGCUGUCAGUGCUCCUGUCUGGCAGAAUCCGUGUGACAGUUAAUGGAGAGUUUCUGCAUUAUAUCUACCCUUUCCAGUUUCUGGAUUCACCUGAGUGGGACUCUCUCAGACCAUCAGAGGAGGGUGUCUUCCAGGUGACCCUGCGUGCUGAUAACCCCUGCCGAUAUGUGGCGUGGAGGAGGAAGAAACUGUAUCUGCUUUUUGCUAAGCAUCGCUACAUAGCCAAGAUUUUUGCUCUGGUUGUGCGCAAUGAUAUUGCAGAGAAGCUAUACUCCCUGAAUGACAAGGCUUUCAAUAGGUCCGGGCAGCGCUAUGAUCUCCGCCUACCAAGUAAUUGUCACAUGCCAGGGACAGAAUUAGAAAUGGCAGAGGUCCUGCUGCAAGUGCCGGGACAGGGUGGAAGGACUUUGUGAAAAAAAAAAACACACACACACACACAAUUUGCUCCAGGCCUUAAAAACUUGGAACUAAAGUAACUCAUUGUGUGUAAGGAUGAAAUGUAAAAAAAUACUGGCAUUUUGUAAGGGUUAAGUGUGUUGGUGCCAUGUAAGGGUUAGUGAGUUUCAAGUGAAGUUAACUCAAAUCUGCCCCCAUUGUCAUCAGACCUCAAAAUGCAAAUUAGGUAUGUGGAGCUGGCAGUCAGCAUUGGUGUGUCAGGUCAAGAGGAUACUGCUGGAGGAGAAUACUAAGAACAAGGUCACAUAACUGAUAGCCUAACAUCUAUAGACUGUUUAUGGUAGGUUUGGUAACAAGACCAACCUGUGGGAUGCUUUCAGUCUUCACAUAACCUUGACAAAUGACAGUUUGAAAGCUCUGUCUGUGCAAGAUCCCCACAACACUGCAACAGCUUUUGACAAGAGAACCUGCAAUAAAUAUGUACGAGCCUCUGUAACUUUGGUUCAGUAUAUCUUACACUCAUUCUGACCUUUUCUUUGUAACAUUGGUUGUAAUGCUCUCAACUGGUUCAAUUGGAGAAGAACUCUAAUGCUCAGGUUUUAUCGGGCAAAAACCACGGAAACCAGGGAAACCUUUUUUGCACAUGUGUCCUGGCAGCAAGUUUUAUAGAAAUGAAUGGGAUGCCAUCUUGGAAUGUGGCAUCAAGUUCUCUUAAUAUAUUCAUAGUGCACAGUCACUAUGACUGGCUACUGUUUGCCAAGACAUAUCACAAAGAAAGAGAAAACACAUGUUUUUCAGGAUGUUGAACUAUCCAAUUAAGCAGGUAGUUUAGAAAAUAAUUUGAUGUCUCACUGUUGAGGCUGUACCCAACUACAAUCUCAAAUAUUCAAAGUUAAAUCUGAAUCAUUCAGUCAAGUGUACACUGAUGAGACUGUCUACUUUUGACUGUGUAUUAGACAAGUGUGUGUGUGUACCUGUGGUAAAAUCCUAUCUUGGUGCUAGUUUCUAGUCAUUUGGCUUGAAAGAUCCUCUAGCGUUUAGUUGUCACUUUAGAACAAUUUAGCAGAGUAGCCAUUUGCCUAUAAUGUUAUAAUUUUGAAUAAUAAUUUGUUGAUAUGACUAUAGUUUCAGUUAUAUGCUGAAGCAUAACAUAAGAAAAUGACAACAGAUCUUCAGAACUUCAGACAUCUUGCCAUCUUUUUCUGUCUGCUUUUCCAGCUCAAGUCUAAUUUCAGCAUCCAUUCAAAUAGCACGCAGUCAAGAAGUAAUAAAUAUAAAUGACUGUGGAUGUAACUGAAUUGAAUGUGUAUGUUUGUGUCUGUAUGUAAAUAAUUUUAAGUGUAUAACACUUCAGAUUGUGUUGUUCAACUGAUGUUAAAGUGAGUAAAGGCAAACAGCUUAUGGUUUAAUUAAAAGCAGCUCAUUACCUGGAUGUAUAUGUACAUUAUGAAAAUGAAAUAAAUAGGUGACUGCACAUGUCAAAAUGGUAAAAGUUUCUGUAAUGUGUGAUAGAUUAGAUCAGUAGAUCAGUAACUAUCUUAAUGUCAAUAUAGCAUUGUGCCAAUGUAAAAUGUUGACGUAA